CGUGCACGGCGGUGAGGGCAGCAAUGCAGGACAAGCUGCGCAUCCUGGAGGACCUGAACAUGCUCUACAUCCGGCAGAUCGCACUCAGCCUGCAGGACACGGACAUCCAGAAGAAGAUCGACCAUGAGAUCCGGAUGCGGGAGGGCGCCUGCAAGCUGCUGGCCGCCUGCUCGCAGCGGGAGCAGGCGCUGGGGGGCCACCAGAGGCUGCUGGGCCGGUCCCUCCAGACGCUGGCUGGGGUGGGGGGUCGGGGCAUGGGCGCUUGGCACCGGUCACAGCUCCGCGUUCCCCGCAGCCCCUCGGACGCCGGCCCCACGGAGGAGCGCUCACCCUGCCGGGGCAGAGUCUGCAUCUCAGACCUCCGGAUCCCCCUGAUGUGGAAGGACACGGAGUAUUUUAAGAACAAGGGAGACCUGCACCGCUGCGCCGUGUUCUGCCUGCUGCAGAUCGGCGUGGAGAUCUACGACACCGAGAUGGUGCUGGUGGACCGCACGCUCACCGACAUCUGCUUCGACAACGGGGUCCUCUUCACGGAGGCCGGCCCUGACUUUGAACUGAAGGUGGAGCUGUUCAGCGCGGGGCUGGAGGAGGACUCCGCGCUGGGCAGCACGCCCAAGAAGCUGGCCAGCAAGCUGAGCAGCUCGCUGGGACGCUCGUCGGGCAGGCGUGUGCGGGCGGCACUGGAUGGGGGCCCCGGCAGCCCUGUGAGUAACGGAGGCAGCGGCCCCCUCCUGCUGCCCGCCCCCAGUGUGGCGGGAGUACCCCCCCUGCCCCUCCCCUCCGAACCCACCGUGUUUAUCUGGCAGCAGGCGGGCGAGCCACAGAGCUGGGCCCGGCUGUACUGCGUCCUGCGUGGCACCAACCUUUUCUGCUACCGCCGGCCCCAGGACGCCGAGGCCCACGUGGAGCCAGCCUUCACCAUUGCCAUCAACAAGGAGACCCGCAUCCGGGCCACGGAGAAGGAUGCUCGGAGCAAGCUGCACAGCCUGUCUGUGACCAACCGCUACGGGGGUGAGGAGGUGACCCACACGCUGCUGGCCGAGAGCCGGGCUGACGUGCAGCGCUGGAUGGAGGCCUUCUGGCAGCAGUUCUACGACAUGAGCCAGUGGAAGCAGUGCUGUGAUGAGCUGAUGAAGAUCGACGUGCCCGCCCCGCGCCGGCCCCCGGCCCUGCUGGCCAAGCAGGGCUCCCUGUACCAUGAGAUGGGUAAGGGGCUGGGGGCCGGGGCACGGGAGGGGGGGUCUCCGCUCUGUCCGUCUCCGUCUCCUUUCUGCAGGGCUCUCACCCACCCUCUACUAACCGCCUGCUCUCGCUGCCUGGGCACCCGUGCCCACUCUGUGCGUUUGUCUGUCUGUCCGUCUGUAACUGCCGCCUUUCUCUCCGUCUCCCCCGCCUGCCCCUGCCCACCACUCCCUGCCUCUCUCUGCCCCUCCUGCCUGCCCCCGCGCUCCAGCUCUGGCGGGCCCGGCCCUGCCACCCGCAGCCGGCGAGGGGCUCCUGCUGCAGGAUAA